AUGGACAGGAAUUCUGAUUAUUAUAGUAAAGAAAAUUUUGAAUAUGGUGAUAUUAAACAUAAUAAUUAUAAUUCAAAAAAUAAAAUAAUGAAAAAAUACCUGAACACAGUGGAAGCAGGUAUGAAAGAAGAGACCAAUAGCUUCUCAGGAAGUAGUAAAUUAAACAGUAACACUUCGAAUGAAGAGUUUGAAGAAGGGAGUUGUUUAGGUAGUGAAGAAAACAUAAUUUUAACUGGUAAAGAAGGAAGAAAUUGCUACAAUGAGGACGAAGAGGGAAAUGAAAAAGAGGUAAAAGGCGAAGAGGGAAAUGAAAAAGAGGUAAAAGGCGAAGAGGGAAAUGAAAAAGAGGUAAAAGGCGAAGAGGGGAAUGAAAAAGAGGUAAAAGGCGAAGAGGGGAAUGAAAAAGAGGUAAUUGGCGAAGAAGGCUACAACAGCUAUGAAACACAAUCAUUAAACGAAAGUUCCAUACACAAUUCUUUAUCAUAUAAGAACACUUAUAUAAUUAGUAACAAGGAUAAUAAUUCCAAUUCAGAGUCCUUAAACGACGAGCUUGAUGACCUUCCACUGGAAGAAGAUGAAAAACAAGGCAAUAGCACAUCUCCAUUUGAAGAAGAGAAUGAGCAGUCGAAUGGAGAAAAAAAAGAAAAAGAUAAUUCAGAAAGGCAUGUAGAAGAACAAGAAGGAGCGGGAGAAUACGGAACGGAGGAGUGUAAAGAUUCGGGGAAAAAGACAAACCUAAAAAAAUAUAGUGGUGUGGAUAUGACCAACCUGUUAAAAUCGGACGCACUAGAUGAUUAUGCGACCUUUGAAAUGAAGGAGUGUUUAUUUAAUCUUGGUCAAAUGCAAAUGGAUGUAAAAAACAGCGCAUUUUUCGAUGUAGAAAUUAAAGAUAUAAACGAAUGGAAGGCAAAAUAUAGAUACCUGACGUCAUCAUAUCGAAAACUAGACAAAGAAAUAAAUAAGACAAUCAACAGUGAACAAAUCAAUCUGAUAACCAGAAGGAGCAUUAAGCAGCACAAAGAUUUCUUAGAUGAUGAAUACAAAGAGUGGCUAGGCGUUUUACAAAAGACCGUAUCUGAAUUUAGGAAAAAUAUCGGAUCGCACGUUUCUGAAUUGAACGAAAGAGAAUACUUAAUAUUGUCGAGAAACAUUUGCGAAGAUUUUAAAGAAAAAAACAUAGAAGAAGGCAACAUAAACGUCCUAUUGUACUUGCUUGUGAUGAAACAUGAAAUUUCGAUUGAGCAUAACGUAAUGAAAUAUUUAGAGGACUCUUAUAUGUCUAUAAGUACAGAUAAAAUAUUGAAUAAUACGGUGCAGAAAAUUAUUGAAGUCAACAAAAAUAUUAAGGACAUAGGGGGAAAAACUGGAACCUGGAGUGAUGAGGAAAAUAAUUACUUUAUGAAAGUUUACGAAAGCAACUCCAAUUUCGGGGACAAGGUCCUUGUGGACGUGUUGAAAAGUGGUAUAAGUAAAAGCGAAGAAGAAAUAUAUGAACACCUUGCCUGGUACAGGCAAUUCGUCUCUUAUAAAAAUUUAAAAAAUAAAUAUACUAACAGUAUCAGCAUCAUCAACAUAAAUGAUCAAAAGAAAAACGACUCAAAAGUUGAAGAAAAAAAAUAUAUGAUACAAAAGUGGAAAGAAAAAAAAAAACAAGAAUCCGACAUAAAAAAUAUGGAGCUACAACAAAUGAAGAAGGACGAAAUGAAAAUAAAAAAAAAAAUGCGAGAAGAUAUUAAAAAAAAGAAACAAAUGAUACAGGAACAGCUCAACAGCAAAAAAAAGGAGGAAAUGAAAAAAAAUAAAAUAGAAAAAUCUCAAAAGAGCAUCCUGUCUGAAGAAAUGUUACAAAGAAUAAAUGAGAGAAAUGAACGCAUUUUACAAAAAAAGGUUCAGUCCAACUUGAACAUCAACGAGGAGAAUAACGAGAAGGACAAAAAGAUACACAAGCAAAAGUAUAUGCAUAUACAAAGCAAAUUGCUAAGCAACACAGAUAAUCUAUUGAAACGGAUUGAAUCAACUGUAGAGACCAUAAAGAAUAUUUUGUAG